GAAGAGGAAGAGGAAAAAGGAAAGAAGAAAGAUGAAGAAAAAGUGGUGGAAAACAGAGAGGGAGAAUGUGCUGAGGAGAAGAAAGAUGAAGAAAGGAUGGAGGAUGGAAAACAGGUGCAAGUUUAUCAGAAGAGAAUGAAGAGAUUAGCGUCAAAGGGGACUAGGGGACCAAGUACCAGAAGGCGGACGCGCUCACAACUAGUCCGCACCCCUUUCACUCAAGAAAAGAAGAAGGAAGUUCAUCAAGAGAUAAUUAACAUAUCACACCACAAGGAGGAAGAGAGGGAAAAAAUCAGGUUCUAUUGUAAGCCUGAUGAAUGCACUUGGGAUUUUUUGGGGAAGAGGAAAAUCAAGAAGAAGGAGGAGGCUCUUUUGAAGUUGCUGAACGAGGAUAUUCCUAACAUUGAUGAUUUUAGCAUACGUUUGAUUGAUAGUAAAGGAACCUUCGUUCACAACUUUAGAGUACCUCAACACGUAUUAUCAAAGCUCACACCAGAUGAGAACAGAAGGAUCUCUGAGUUUUGCAAUCAAAAAGCCCAUCAGUAAGUUUAGUCAUUCUGAAUAACGUAUGCUAGGACAUGUUAGCUUUCAUUGUUACGUGUUAACAUUUCCAGGUUUAUGUUAAUUAUUACCCAUUUAUGCUAACGUUUGCUAUAAAAUGUUAGCUUUCAUCGUUACGUGUUAACGUUUCCUUAUUUAUGUUAACUUAUACUCAUUUAUGCUAACGUUUGCUAAAUCAUGUUAAUAUUUCCAUAUUUUUCUAUAGUAAGUGGUUGAACGAGGUUUGGAUCUUAUUGUUAUGUUUCAGGUCACGUGUUAUUGUUAACACGUUCAACAGUAGUGUCGAUUCAUUGGAACUUCUUAAUCUUCUACGUGGCGGCCGUAUCGAUGACCAUGCAAGUUUGAUAUGUUAAUCUCUUACGCAUUUUAUGAGAUGACUGGGUGCUGGGUAAUUUAAUUUGUAUCUGCUCCAUGGUAAAUUUACAGGUGAUGGAAGCUCUUGUGGAUAGGCUCGUCACAUAUCUAGAGAGGCCAGAUGUGGAGUCCAUGGGCAACCAAUAUGGGGUUGUAUCGACUUUCUUCUGCCAUAGUCUUUAUGCAGUCACCCCAGAUUUUCCACAUCUAUACACCUCUUUCAUACAAAAGCAUGUUGCCGCAAGGAAGAAUGUACUCCUUAUCCCGCUUGUGCGUCAUGACCACUGGCAUGUGGCUGAAGUAAGGUUGGAUGAGGACGUUGUCAAGCAUUAUAGCUCGGCUGGCCAUAGUGCAUACGUUGAGCCAGUAAAUAAAGUAAUUGCAUUCAUGGACCAUAUGAAGUCUGGUUUCGAUCCGAAUAAUAUUUGGAGAAAGUUCCGAUAUGAAGCCGUCCCUUGUGAGCAACAGACUGGAAUCUUUGAUUGUGGGCUUUUCGUUCCUUUAUAUAUAAAGGCUAUAAUUCAUGGGGUAGAUACCACUCAAGUAACUAAUCACUCUGACGAGUCUGAAGUCAUCCGUGCCAGGCUUGCAGCUGAACUCCUAAUAGAAGGAUGGGAACAGAAAAAUCAAGGGGAGACAGUGGAAAAGGAUGGGUGAAUGAUAUCCUAAAAAGUGAUGUGUACGAACAGAUUGAAUUGGGAACAAAACUAACUGGCAUUUUAAUUUAGUUAACAUUAUUGCAGCUUUGUAUCAUUCUCUUUGACAGUUAUUCUACUGUUUGUGUAACU